AUGUCCACUCCCACUCCCACAUCUUCGUUUCAAGAAGCCCAGAAUCGAAGCAUCCUUGAUCGAAGCUGCGUUUUCCAUGCUGUCAUAAAAUACAAUUUGGAAGCAUCACCAACCCUUUUCACCAUGCCACUUGAACAGUUCAUGUCCAACCUUCUUCAGCAAGCCGACGCUGAUCGCUUCGUUGUAAUCCGCGAUGACCACCGCGGGAUGAACUCAACUCCACGAUCACAGUAUUCGUCGCCAACACUCUCCGCUGUCUCCAAAGCAACCAAAGUCAAACGAGACUCGACGGCUCGUUUCGGGGAUCGGGUAAUGCCAGCAAUGGCUCCCAAGGCUCCAAUGAGAAGACCAAGCAUGUGA